GAAACUGAAACGGCAUGUCUGAAGUUGUUGGCCAGCAUGAAAUUGAUCAGAGCUAUUGUUUCAAAUGGAAUGACUAUCACAGUCAUUUAACCGAUGUAAUCAGACAACUUCUGGAAGAGGAUUGCAUGGUGGAUGUUAUACUAGCAGCUGCCGGAGAACGCAUUCAUGCCCAUCGUAUAGUCCUCUGCGCUUGUAGCACUUUGUUUCGAGAGGUUUUGAGUCAAAUAAAUGAGGAUCAUCCUACAAUAAUAUUAAGUGAUAUAUCAGCACAGGAUAUAAAAUCUAUUGUUGAAUUUAUUUAUCAUGGAGAAGUGAGAGUACCAGUGGAAAAUAUUAGUAGUUUAUUGGAUGCUGCACGUUCAUUGAAAAUAUGUGGUCUUAUCGAGAUUGAUGAAUUAGAUGAAAAUGACUCAGUUAUAAGCACAAAAGACUUCAAUGAUAAUAGUGAAGAACCAAUGACUGUUAUUAGCGAGGCAGAAGAAAAUGUUAUUAACGCAUUGCAACAUAGCUAUGAAGAUUUAGAUGAUCAACAAGAACAGCAAGCCACAGAUAAUUCUUCUUUAAAUAAAAAAAAGAAACGUAGGCGUGAUACAACAAAGAGAGAUUAUAAUGAUGACAUGUUAGCAUCGGCCAUCAACGACUUAAAGUCAGGGCAAACAUUAAUAGAAGCGUCAUCUAAACAUAAUAUACCACGUUCAACAUUGUAUAUGCGUGCCAAAGCCUUAGGUAUACAUUUAAAUGCAUCAAGAAAUGAAUAUCCUGCAGAGUGUAUGAAGGCUGCUAUAAAUGCUGUAAUUGGUGGAUCCAGCUUGCAGCAUGCAUCAGAAAUGUUUAGUAUACCUAAGACUGUAUUAUGGAGACGAAUUCAGAAGGAAGGAUAUCAAAUAUUGCGUUCAGAAAUGAAAAGGUCCUAUGGUUCUGAUAAACGUGAAGCUGCAGUAAAAGCUUUAGAAAGGGGAGAGAAUUUAACUAAAGUUGCACUUGAAUUUAAAAUUCCAAAGACUACUUUAUUCAGAGAUAAAGCUCGGUUAGUAGAUGAGGGAAAACUGCCAUUAUCGUUUUGGAAAAAACGUAAAACGGAAAAUGAAGAAUUAAAAAGAUCUCGUCUGGAAGAAGCUGUCGCAGCCUGUAAGGGAGGCAAAAUGUCGCAAGCGGCUGCAUCAAUGACUUACCAUAUUCCUAAAACGACAAUAUGGAGACGACUUCAACAAGAUGGUAAAAAGUCAGAACGUUUGUUGAACUCGAGAAAGCAACGAACAACGGAUUCGAAACACAACACAGAAAUGAAAAUCCAAAAUGGAUCCGAUUUCACAUAUUGUGAGGUAUCGUCAGAAAUUCCUAUAACUUACAUAGAUGAAAAUAGUAUACCCGAGGAUUCUGUGAUAAUAUUAACAGCAGACGAUAUGGAUGGACUUAAUUUAGAGGAAGGACGACAAAUUAUUGUUAAUUCAGAAUCAGUACAAGAAUAUGUACCUUGUACUAUAAGCAUAGAAGAAAAUUCGAAUUAUUCACAAACAGAAAGUUAACACAUUAGUUGUGAUUCAACAUCUAAAAAUUGUUAAUAUUUUUUUUAAUACAAUAUACAGAGUGGAUCACUAACUCUGUACAUACAUCACAAAUAAUG